UGUCUCUCAGCAUCAGAAGAAGCUUACUAUCAGAGCCAGAAUGCCUCGUUUUACUGUGCACAUUCGGGAUGAAUGGUUGACGGUGCCAUGUAGAGACACCACAUGUACAAUACAGUGGUUAGGAGUCGAGGCUUUGAAACGGUACACGAAGAACAAGCCUGAUAAUGGAGGAUUUAAGACGACUAAAGACUUUAGUUUUGUUGUGAGGAGGUGUCAAGGUCAUGGGCUGUUGGAUUCCGAUGAUACUAUUGAGGAUGUUCUUGAGGAUAAUGACUUUGUUGAACUUGCCAUUGAAGGAGAUUGUAUGUCCCCUGACUUCAUCCAGUUUCAGCCAGAAGUAUCACAUCUAACAGCUGUGUACAGAGAGACUAAUGAUUACCUGUCUCUAGAUGGCAACAGCCUAAGCUCUACAGAUCUGGUUAAUUUGGGGAAAGGACUAUACAAGAUCAAGUUGACCCCAGAAGCAGACCACAAAGUUGUGCAAGCAAGAGAGCUGUUGGACACAAUUGUUAAGGAGAACAGAGUUGUGUAUGGGAUAACAACUGGUUUUGGGAAAUUUGCACGCACCGUCAUCCCCGUCAGCAAACUUCAGGAACUACAAGUAAAUCUUGUGCGAUCACACUCUGCUGGUGUGGGGAGUCCACUAAGCCCAGAGAGGACACGCAUGCUGCUUGCUCUCAGAAUCAAUGUCUUGGCAAAAGGAUACAGCGGCAUCUCUCCGGAUACUCUCCAUUCCAUGAUUCAGGCUUUCAAUGCGUCUUGCCUGCCGUUUGUUCCUGAAAAGGGUACAGUUGGUGCAAGUGGAGACCUUGCUCCUCUAUCCCAUUUGGCUUUAGGCCUUAUGGGAGAGGGAAAGAUGUGGUCUCCUAAAAGCGGAUGGGCUGAUGCUAAAUAUGUACUUCAAGCUCAUGGACUAAAGCCUAUAUCACUGAAGCCAAAAGAGGGUCUAGCCCUCAUUAAUGGAACCCAGAUGAUCACUUCUCUUGGGGCGGAGGCUGUGGAGAGGGCAGAGGCCAUUGCCAGACAGGCUGAUAUCAUUGCUGCCCUCACACUGGAGGUUUUGAAAGGAACCACCAAGGCCUUUGACAGUGACAUCCACAAGCUGCGGCCCCAUCCAGGACAAACUCUGGUGGCUUCACGUUUUCGCUCUCUGCUGGACUCGGACCACCACCCCUCUGAGAUUGCAGAGUCUCAUCGAUUCUGUGACAGAGUCCAGGAUGCAUACACCAUGCGUUGUUGUCCACAGGUUCAUGGUAUUGUUAAUGACACAAUUGCCUUUGUCAAGAACAUUAUCAAUACAGAAAUCAACAGUGCUACUGACAACCCUAUGGUAUUUGCUGAGAGAGGGGAGACCAUCUCCGGUGGAAAUUUCCAUGGAGAGUAUCCAGCAAAGGCUCUGGACUACUUGGCAAUCGGUGUGCAUGAGCUGGCCUCAAUCAGCGAGCGAAGGACUGAGCGCUUGUGUAACCCCUCUCUCAGUGAGCUUCCCGCCUUCCUGGUCAGUGAGGGUGGCCUGAACUCAGGGUUCAUGAUUGCACAUUGCACCGCCGCUUCCCUCGUUUCAGAGAACAAGGUCCUGUGUCACCCGUCGUCUGUGGACUCGCUGUCAACUAGUGCUGCCACAGAGGACCACGUGUCCAUGGGUGGCUGGGCUGCCAGAAAAGCCCUGCGGGUGGUGGAACACGUAGAGCAAGUGCUUGCCAUUGAAUUACUUGCAGCCUGCCAGGGUAUUGAGUUCCUCCGCCCCCUGCGAACCACAACACCAUUGGAGAAGGUCUACGACCUUGUGCGCAGUAAAGUCAAGCCCUGGAUAAAAGACAGAUUCAUGGCUCCUGACAUUGAGGCUUGCCACCGGCUCCUGCUUGAUCAGAAGGUAUGGCAAAUGGCUAAACCAUACAUUGACAAGUAUCACGUAGAACACAUCCCAGAGUCUCGACCCGCCUCACCAACCGCCUUCUCCUUGGAUUCCCCUGCAUCCCCGAGAAAGCGAGUCCGUCAUGAGUGACAAGAUACUAGCCCUGUUUCUUUUCGAUACCAUUUCUAAAAUAUGGAACUAAAAGAUGCUAAAUUGUUACACAUGGGAAAGUGUCAAUGGUUAAUAUUUUGUGUUUUUCAUUGUGAUAUUUUACUCUCUGUUAAUUAUAUUUCAAUAAAUCAAAUCAUUGUCA